AUGCGCGCAGGGGCAAAGUUCACAUGGAGGCAAGAUGGCGGCUUCCUGUGACAGCUUUGUUUUGCUGCUGUUUCUGCUGUUUGUGAGCGCUCAGGCUGUGGACCGCAGUAACUUCAAAACAUGCGACCAGAGCUCAUUUUGCAAGCGCCAGAGGGAGCUGAAGCCAGGUCAGUCCCCGUACAGAGCUCUGCUGGACACACUGGAGCUGAGCGACUCCAGACUCACACUGCAGCUCAUCAAUGACAACAACAAGGUCCGCUUGUUGCUGGAGCUGUACAGACUGCAGGGGAACAUGACACGGGUGAAGAUUAAUGAACUCAAACCAAUCAAGCCUCGUUAUGAGGUGCCAGAUGUGCUCAUCUCUGAUCCCAUUACUGAAGCGCUGUCCGUGGUGUCUCAGGAUGACAACAGUCUUGUUUUGUCUCUGGGUGGAAACGAGCAGCGGCUCAUCGUCAGCGCUCAGCCAUUUCGCCUGGACAUCAUCGAGGGCCCUCAGGUGCUCAUGUCCCUCAACUCCAGGGGCCUGCUGGCCUUCGAGCACCUGCGGGUGCGCAAGGACACUAUCUCACAUAAAAUAAGUAGCACAGUUGGUAGCAUGUGGGACUCGAUCAAGAGCGUUUUCUCUAGCAACAGCGAGUCUGAGGAAACCACAGGACAGCAGAAAGAGGAGCAACAAACUAGUGAGGAUGGACAAAUAAAAGAAGAAGAGGAGGAAGAGAAACCGGGCAUGUGGGAGGAAACCUUCAAAUCUCAUAGUGAUUCAAAACCCAAUGGUCCGUCAUCUAUUAGUUUAGAUUUUUCUCUGCCGGGUGUGGAGCAUGUGUACGGCAUUCCCGAACACGCAGACACACUCAGACUGAAGAGCACAGAAAAUUCAGACCCUUAUCGGCUGUACAACCUGGAUGUCUUUCAGUAUGAGCUGCACAACCCAAUGGCUCUUUACGGGGCCGUUCCUGUCCUCAUUUCUCACAGCACUGAGCGCACCAUGGGCAUCUUCUGGCUCAACGCCGCAGAAACAUGGGUGGAUAUCAGCUCAAACUCUCCAGACACGGUGUCUAGUGACGCUCCUCAGACGAAUGUCCGCUGGGUUUCUGAGAGCGGUAUUAUUGAUGUCUUUAUCAUGCUGGGACCAAAACCUGCAGAUGUCUUCACUCAGUACGCCUCACUUACAGGCACGCAGUCUUUUCCUCCUCUGUCGGCGCUGGCGUAUCAUCAGUGCCGCUGGAACUAUAAUGAUCAGGAGGACGUAAAGGCUGUGGAUCAGGGCUUCGAUGAGCACGACAUCCCGUAUGACUUCAUCUGGCUGGACAUUGAACAUGCGGAUGGAAAACGCUACUUCACCUGGGACCCCAUCAAAUUCCCUACACCUAAAGACAUGCUGAAGGGGCUGAUGGACAAGAGACGCAAGCUAGUGGCCAUUGUGGAUCCUCACAUUAGGGUGGACAGCGGCUACAGGAUUCACAACGAGAUCCGCUCCAAGAACUUUUAUGUCAAGAACAAAGAUGGAGGAGACUAUGAGGGCUGGUGUUGGCCAGGUAAUUCAGGCUAUCCUGACUUCACUAACCCAGAGAUGAGAGCGUGGUGGGCCAGCAUGUUUGCCUAUGACCAGUAUGAGGGCUCUAUGGAGAAUCAGUACAUCUGGAAUGACAUGAACGAGCCGUCUGUGUUUAAUGGGCCUGAGGUGACCAUGCACAAAGAUGCGGUUCACGGUGUCUGGGAGCACAGAGACGUGCACAACCUUUAUGGCCUCUAUGUGCAAAAGGCAACGUCUGAAGGCCUGAUUCAGCGUUCUGGAGGAGUGGAGAGACCUUUCGUUCUGACCAGAGCAUUUUUUGCUGGAUCUCAGCGUUACGGUGCGGUGUGGACAGGAGAUAAUGCUGCUGAAUGGGGUCAUCUGAAGAUCUCCAUCCCCAUGUGCUUGAGUCUGGGCUUAGUGGGCAUCUCUUUCUGUGGAGCUGAUGUUGGCGGUUUCUUUAAACAUCCCAGUGCUGAGCUGUUGGUGCGAUGGUAUCAGGCUGGAGCUUAUCAGCCAUUUUUCCGUGCACACGCUCACAUAGACACACCGCGCAGGGAGCCCUGGCUGUUCGGCCCAGAAAACACUGCCCUCAUCCGGGAGGCGGUGCGCCAGCGAUAUGCCCUCCUGCCAAACUGGUACCAGCUAUUCUACAAUGCACACAACACUGGACAGCCAGUUAUGAGACCUCUGUGGGUAGAAUAUCCUGCCGAGGUCACCACUUUCUCAAUUGAGGAUGAGUACUUGAUUGGGAAGGAUUUGCUGGUGCACCCGGUCACUGAUGAGGGCGCCACUGGUGUUACUGCAUAUCUGCCUGGGAAAGGCGAGGUCUGGUAUGACGUUCAUUCUCUCCAGAAGCAUGAUGGGGAUCAGAGUCUCUACAUUCCUGUCACCAUGAGCUCCAUCCCAGUCUUCCAGCGUGGAGGAUCCAUCAUCUGCAGGAAAGAGCGCGUCAGGAGGUCUUCGUCCUGUAUGGAGAACGAUCCCUACACUCUCUAUGUUGCUCUUAAUUCUCAGGGUUUUGCUGAAGGAGAGCUGUACAUCGAUGACUUCCACACCUUUAACUAUCAGAAAUCCAAGCAGUUUAUCCACAGACGUCUGUCCUUCUCUAACAACAGCCUGACCUCCAGAAAUCUGGCUCCUGAUGCUCAGUUUUCCACCGAGUCUUGGAUAGAGAGGAUUGUGGUCAUUGGAGGCAGUCGACCGUCCUCAGUUUCACUGAUCAAUGCAGAUGGUGUGGAGUCGGCUUUAGAGUUUGAGUUCUCCUCUAAUCCUGCAGUGUUGACUGUCCGUAAGCCAUCGGUCAGCGCAGCGGCAGACUGGACUGUUGUUUUGCGGUAAAACACAAUCUUAACAUGCAGCAGGAGGAAAUGCAGCACUUAAAGAACACACAAACAGAGAACGGGACCAGAUCUGAUGUGUUUAAGAUGAUGAGAUCAGUAUGAAUUCAGACUAAUCGAGUUUGAUUGAACAAACGAGACCAGAAAGGGGUUUCAAUUAGCAGUUUUAUAAUUGGGUUGAAGGUUAAAAUGGAAAUAAUAAUAAUAUAGAGGUUAUUGAUUAGAGCAUUUGAGUUAGGUUUUUUUGUUAGUAUUUUGCUUUUUUUUUUUUUUUCUCGGCUCUGAUUAUUUUGGCAAAACAAACAAAAAAAAAUCAUUUGUUUUUCCUUUUUUCACUUGGCAAGUGUUUAAAUUGGGGCAAAAUUAUGAAUAGUUCAAAACUUCCACAAGACGUCCAGGCCUUAUUUAUUGAGGUCACACUAAUGAACAGUUUCCUUAUUUUGUUAUUUACUGUUGUGAUUUGCUUUAUGGGAUUUUGCUGAGUCGACUUUUGAUGUUAAAAAAAUCAACUCUGUGUGAAAAAUAAAAGACUUUUAUUGACAUUUUAGUGUUUUGAAACCAUAUAUUGCAUAAGAUAUACAUAUAUAUAUAUAUAUAUAAUGAAGAGCUUAGAUGCUAAAACCUCUAUAUGCCAUCUGAAAUUUUUCUCUAAAAUGAGCAUUUUAUCGGCCUUCUAUGUGUAUGUUCAGUAUUAUCACUUUUAUGGCAAAGAAUAAGUCCUUUUCCUGGUCUUUAAAGUAAAAUAUCUUAACAGAAAACAAAGGAGGCUGAGAAAAAUUUUCAUUUUCGAUGGAAAUUUCAGACGGCACUUAGAGGUUUUUGCAUGUAAACUCUUCAUAUAUAAAAAUCUAGUACCUUUUUUAGAUAUUUUACAGACUUCUCCUAAAAGUACUGGGUUUUUACAGUAAUUUACAACUCCAAUACAGAAUAUAUAUGACUUUAAACCGUUACAAAUGUCAAUAGAAGUCACUUUUCAACAUCAAAAGCUGUUUGUGGUCUCAAAAAUGCAAUUCAAGAGGAUAAAUAAAUGAAGAAAAUACAUGAAUUACAAAAUAUGGGAAACUCUUUAAUUGGGAUUGCUUUUUGUGUGUGUGUGCGUGCGUGUGUGCGUGUGUGAGGAAUCAGCAAUACCUAAAUCUUCUAAUAUUACCUGCCUUGUUCAGAUUUCCCUCCAAAGUCUGAAGCGAUGAGUAGGGCCAGACGGAAUCUGUGGACAUUUUUCUGCUAUUUCUGUGCAGAAUUUAGUUAAAAAUCUGCGGAUUUUUGUGGGAUAAUUUUGGAAGUAUCAUAACUAAAACCUUAAUAUAUGAAAUAAUAAGUGACACCCUUUAAACUUCAAUGUUUACAAUGCAAACCCAAUUAGAUCCACUUUAUUUGGUAAACAAAGCAAGUCUCUCAUAUGAUAUCUCUACUAAAAGACAGAAAAUAGUACUUUACAAGCUAUAUCAAAGUAAACUGUAGUAAAUAAAUACUUUAAAUAUUUUCAUAUUAUUUGAUAAUAUUACUGUAAUUAAUUAAUUAUCUGAAUAAAUAUAAAUUUACACACAUUUACACAAGUAAGUAAACAGAAUCAAUGAUGGGCUAGAUUCCACGUGGGCCUACUAAUCACUAACCAAUCGCAGCUUUUGUCUAGUAUAGGCCAAUAGUGAUGGGACACUGGGCUGUUCUGGUCCAAAAAUGGGUUUCCACCCAUCCAAAUGAGCAAUUUAUUCACUGACAUCAUCAAACUUAAUAGCAAAUUCCCAUUUGGGGUGGAUUCUUGCACUACAAGCUUCUUAAAAACAAUCCAACUGAGAAGUAAAUGAGCAGUUUUUUACAUGAGUAGCAUUUCAGAGAGUAUUAUCAGGCGUAUGUUCUAUUACGUGCCCUUGCUUGUUAGAGCACAUAAGCCACCGAUAAAGUAUUUAGAGUUUGAACAAUAGUUGGGGUCAGAAACAGGCUCUGGUAGAAGUAGAAACCACAAAACAAACUCCUAAAAAAACAGCCCGGGACUCUUACAUAUCAAAUUGGCUGAUUUACUUGAACACCAAGCAGAUUUAAAGGGACAGUUCACCCAGUAAGUGAAAAUCCUGUAGUCAUUUACUCAUCCUCUGUGUGUUUCAAACCUGAAUGAAUGUUGGGAAAAGCAGCUAUUUACUGACUGUUAUUUUGUUUUAACCAUUGAUGUCAUUUGAAUGAGAUAUUGUAUAAGAAAUAAUAAUAUAUAUUGAAAUAAGUCUGUAAAAUAAGAGAGUAAGUUUUGGCAGUGUGUUACCUGAAUUUUGUAUCACUCAAACCCAGACAAUAUAUCACUACACACUGUUAAAAUUGUCAAUAAAAAUCACUUUUCAAACUUUUUGACCCCAAAACCUGAAUGAAUUUUUGGGAAAACCACUUAGAGUUAUUUUUUUUUGUUCUCACUAUUGAUGUCAAUUGCUACCUUUCCCCCAACAUUCUUCAGAAUAUCUUGUUUUGUGUUCAACAGAAGAGAGCAAUUCAUAAAUGUUUACAAGCAUCUGGGCGUGAGGAAAUUAGGAGAUUUUUGGGUGAAUUAUCUCUUUAAACGAAAGGAUUCUGGCUGGAGUAUCUUUAACGAAAAGAGAAAACUGAAGUCUGCAAUGUGAAGAUGAAGAAGAUGAGAUGUUGUAAUGAAUGCCUGACGAUUUUGGAAAUAAAGACCGGAUGGAACAAA